AUGGAAGAAGCCGGCACACCAGAAGAACAUGCCGCUGUAGAAGAAGCUCGCCGGAGUUUCUUGGACAACCAUUCUCAUGUUAAAGGUUGCGGUGAUCUCUUGUGGCGAAUGCAAAGAAAGAGCACUCGAAAAACAGAUGAUCCCGAGUUUCAAAUUCUGUUCCACAAAGAAGACAGAUCCCAUCAGUUUCAUAUCCCCAAGCGGACAUACGAUCCAUUGUUGGGUUCCGAUUCAGAAGAAAAAGCCAAGUCGUUGUUUGAUGACGAGCAAGACCAGCUUUAUGCCACAAUAAAGAAGCCCAUGGAACCACUGGUUUUGAAAUUCUAA